CAAGGCGACACCUGGGAAGAUGGCUGCGAGGUCUUCGGAUUCUGACAGCGGGCGAGCUGAGAGCAACGAAGCCAAUUCGAAAUGGCUGGACGCACACUACGACCCCAUGGCCAACAUCCACACCUUCUCCUCCUGCCUGGCACUGGCAGAUUUGCAUGGUGACGGGGAGUACAAGCUGGUGGUGGGAGACCUUGGACCAGGUGGGCAGCAGCCCCGCCUGAAGGUGCUCAAAGGACCCACAGUGCUGACAGAAAGCCCACUGCCUGCUCUGCCGGCCUCGGUUGCCACCUUCCUCAUGGACCAACACGAGCCCAGGACACCUGCCCUAGCACUCGCUUCAGGACCUUGUGUCUAUGUUUAUAAGAACCUUAGACCCUACUUCAAGUUCAGUCUGCCCCAGUUACCACCAAACCCUUUGGAACAAGACCUUUGGAACCAAGCCAAAGAGGACCGGAUUGACCCUUUAACACUGAAGGAGAUGCUGGAGGACAUCAGGGAAAAGGCAGAGGUGCCUUUGUCUGUGCAGUCACUCAGGUUUCUGCAGCUGGAGCUUAGUGAAAUGGAGGCGUUUGUGAACCAGCACAAGUCCAAGGUUAUCAAGCGGCAGACAGUCAUCACCACAAUGACCACCCUGAAGAAGAACCUGGCGGAUGAGGAUGCAGUGUCCUGUCUGGUGCUAGGCACUGAGAACAAGGAACUCCUUGUGCUGGACCCUGAGGCCUUCACCAUUUUGGCUAAGAUGAGCCUGCCCAGUGUCCCUGUCUUCCUGGAGGUGUCCGGCCAGUUUGAUGUGGAAUUCCGUCUGACUGCUGCUUGCAGGAAUGGGAGCAUCUACAUCCUGAGAAGAGACUCCAAACACCCCAAGUACUGCAUCGAGUUGAGUGCCCAGCCUGUGGGGCUGGUCCGGGUACACAAGAUCCUGGUGGUGGGCAGCACCCAAGAGAGUCUGCAUGGCUUCACCCACAAGGGUAAGAAGCUGUGGACAGUACAGAUGCCUGCGGCCAUCCUGACCAUGAACCUCUUGGAGCAGCGAUCCCGAGGCCUGCAAGCUGUCAUGGCUGCUCUGGCCAAUGGGGAAGUCCGAAUUUACCGAGACAAGGCCCUGCUUAAUGUCAUCCGCGCCCCUGAUGCAGUAACCAGCCUGUGCUUUGGCCGAUAUGGGCGAGAAGACAACACCCUCAUCAUGACUACUAGAGGUGGUGGCCUGAUGAUCAAGAUCCUAAAGCGGACAGCAGUGUUUGUGGAAGGGACUGGUGAGGUGGGUCCACCAUUGGCACAGACCACAAAACUCAAUGUGCCCCGAAAGACCCGGCUGUAUGUGGAUCAGACGCUGCGGGAGCGGGAAGCUGGCACGGCCAUGCACCGGACCUUCCAGACUGACCUCUACCUGCUGCGCCUCCGAGCUGCCAGAGCCUAUGUUCAGGCCCUGCAGUCCAGCCUGAGCCCCAUGUCAACCACAGCUCGGGAGCCACUCAAGCUGCAUGCUGUGGUUCAAGGCCUGGGUCCCACCUUUAAGCUCACACUUCACUUGCAGAAUACGUCAACAGCUCGGCCAGUACUAGGUCUGCAGGUCUGCUUCCUGUACAACGAGGCACUCUAUGCCCUGCCUCAGGCCUUCUUUAAGGUUCCUUUGCUGGUACCAGGACUCAGUUACCCACUGGAGACCUUUGUGGAGAGUCUCAGUAGCAAGGGCAUCUCAGACAUGAUCAAGGUGCUAGUACUCCGGGAAGGCCAGAGUGCGCCCCUGCUGAGUGCCCACAUCAACAUGCCUGUGAGUGAGGGUCUGGCAGCUGCCUGAGCCCUGGGCCAGCAUUCAAGCCUUCACAAAAUGGAGCCAAUCAGAUCCAGUGACUUCCAGUGUCACCAGACUUCCUCCGACAGCAAUGUAGUGAGGCAUCAGCUCCCUGUUCCUCUCUGAAACAGUCCCCCUGCUCCCCACCUGUGCCAGUGGGCCUGUGCAGCGAGACAUGGAGUGCACAGAAUCAGCUCCUCCUCCCUCAGAACCCACCCAGGCACUGUCCCUCAGUUCCUGCUGCCUGUCACUCUGCCGGUGUCCCAGGAAGAGAUGUGAGGUGGUCAGGGUGAGCAUAGCCCCAGCCCGCCCUUCCUUCCUUCCUUCCUUCCUUCCUUCCUUCCUUCCUUCCUUCCUUCCUUCCUUC